UAUUUGUGGCCAAAAUACAAAAUGCUGGGCGUAAGAAUGUUUGUUUAGGUUGUUUUGACGAGAUUAAUAGUUUCUGAUUGAAACUGAAAUACGAGUCACUAUCAGUCAACAGAGCGGAAUCCCUGUGGUUUCUUCUUCUCGAGUUCAGGGCGUUCGCAGUCACCAUUUAGACCAUUUAGAGUAUUUCAUUACCUCUUGUUUUGUAGUCUUCCUAGUUUACAUUUAAUACCCAGUAUACAAAUUGGUUAAUCUCAGUAGCAGCAGGGGGGAUAAUUAGUUUAGGGUCGUGGGGUUUGUUCUGAUGGAAUCCCUGUAUAAUUUUGUCGCCGGCUGGUUCGGAGGUUGUGCAGGGGUUAUUGUUGGACAGCCUUUAGACACUGUUAAGGUGCGAAUGCAAGCAACUGGUAAAUUACCAGGCAACAAGCAAUUAUCAAGCUGGAAAUGCUUCACAGGGAUUAUCAAGAAUGAAAGUGUUUUUGGACUGUUUAAAGGCAUGGCCUCACCGCUCUCGAUGCUGGCAUUCCAGAAUGCUGUCAUAUUUUGUGUACAUAGUACAAUCCUGGAACGAUUUCAGUACCGCAGGCCAGAUGGGUCUAACACCAUUGGCCAGAUAGCAUUUGCUGGCUCAGUUGCUGGUCUUGCGCAGGUUCCAUUGAUUGCUCCAGUUGACCUGGUCAAAAUCAAGCUACAAAUGCAAACCGAAGCAAAGCGGAGUACUCGCUCAGUAUACCGGGGACCCGUGGAUUGCCUCGUGAAACUGUAUAGAUCCCGCGGGCUUGCGGGAUGCUUCCAGGGCAACACGGUCACCGCUGUACGUGACAUCCCAGGCUUCGCUGUAUAUUUCGGCGUCUACGAACUCUUGUGUGAUUGGUUUAGUAACUUGUUUGGGUCACGUGGCGUCGCGACCUAUCUGAUGGCUGGCGGGUUCGCUGGCGUCGUGUCUUGGGCUUCCACGUUUCCCUUUGACGUCAUCAAAUCACGGAUUCAGGCCGAUGGUAAUCUUGGGAAAUUUAGAUAUAAAGGGAUGAUGGAUUGCGCGCUGCAGAGUUAUAAAGAGGAAGGAAUGAUCGUUUUUACGCGCGGGAUAUGGCCAACGCUACUCCGUGGGUUUCCUUCAAGUGCUGCGAUUUUUGCAGUUCACGGGGUCGUUGUGGGCCUAUUUAAAGACCGUCAUUCACGUACGUCAACUGAAUCUGUCUCAUUUUAAAACUCUCAAAAUCUGAAAUAAAGUUUUACACAUUUUUA